GUUGCUUCCCGGACUUAUUAUAAAAGCUAACAUCCACAAAAUUUUAUUUAUUAGUGACGUGUCUUCCUAAAUAUUGAAACGUAAAACGAAUAUCUUGAAAAUUAAAGCAAUUUAAAAAGUAUGGGGGCGGAACAGUCCACUGUAGAAGACGAUAGCCAACCGGCUACAGAAAUAAAAAAAUUAACAGAAGUAAAGUUUCAUUUACAAGGUGUAGAACAUGUUGCGAAAAGCGAAAACAUUACACCCAACACAAGCCUGAACUUCUACUUGCGGAAUAUUUUAAAAAUGACGGGCACUAAAGCCAUGUGUCUUGAGGGAGGCUGCGGUGCUUGCCUAGUAGUUUUGCAAAAUAAAGACCCCAUCACGCAAAAAGAUGUAUUUUUAGCGGUUAAUUCGUGUCUCAUACCGCUUCUGUCGUGCAACGGGUGGAAAAUUUUCACGAUCGAAGGUAUAGGUAAUUCUGUGGAAGGAUUCCACCCCCUUCAAGAAGUCCUAGCACGAUUUAACGGUACCCAAUGUGGGUUUUGUUCCCCUGGAAUGGUGAUGAAUAUGUACGCUUUGUAUGAAUCAGGAAAACUCACAAUGCAGCAAGUGGAAAAUUCGUUCAGCGGGAAUACUUGUCGGUGUACCGGUUAUAGAUCGAUUUUGACAGCGUUUAAGUCGCUUUGUACGGAUGCGGAUUUCGGGAUACUUAGAGAAUGUCCAGAUGUAGAAGAUCUUGUUAGUUGUUAUAAAGAAAGAUGUGCUAGAAAAUGCUCAACGGAUUGUAAUAACGUGUCCAAGGAACCUUUUCUUCUAGAACUAGGCGAAAUUAGAUGGAUUAAGGUUCACAGUUUAAAAGAUUUGUUGAGAACGUUGAGGAUAAACCCACAAGCCACAUAUAGAUUAGUGGCUGGUAACACUGCGCAAGGGGUUUAUCGAUCAUACAAAGAUACAGUUGAUCUUUACAUAGAUGUUACUGAGGUUCCAGAAUUAAAGGAUUACAAAAUUCAAGGCGAUACUUGCAUGGUGGGGGGCAAUAUUACUCUUACAAUUGCAAUAGAAUUUUUUAAUGAAGUGGCAAAAUCUUAUCCUAGUUUUUCGUACUUGAAAGCCGUGGCGGAUCACAUUGAUUUGGUUGCAAAUGUUCCAGUUCGUAACAGGGCGACAAUCGCUGGAAAUUUAAUAAUAAAACAUGACCAUCACGACUUCCCGUCUGAUAUAUUUUUGAUUUUAGAAACAGUUGGUGCCACCAUUACACUUGUUAAUGUGUCUGGACAAGAAACUAAUAUAAGUCCAAUCGACUUCAUCAACUGUGAUCUUCGAAAAGAACCCUUAGUUAUAAAAACUAUUAAUUUGCCGUCAUUCCCUACCACGUUUAAGUACAUUAGUUACAAGAUUAUGCCGCGGGCCCAAAAUGUCCACGCUUUAGUCAAUGCGGGAUUUGUGUUUAAAUUCGACAAUAGCGGCCUUUUACAAAGUGCCACUAUAGUAUACGGAAACAUAAGCGUACCAUUUGUGCACGCCAAUGUAACCGAACGACUGCUAGCAGGAAAAAACUUGUUCGACAACUCCGUUCUACAACAAGUUUAUACGAGUUUGACAAACGAACUAGAUCCUGACGUUAGACCACCAGAUCCUUCCCCAGAGUUUAGAAAGAAACUUGCUAUAUCACUAUUCUAUAAAGCAGUACUUAGUAUCGCACCUUCUGAUAAAAUGGCAUCCAAAAAUAAAAGUGGAGGAGCAGUGUUGCAAAGACCGAUUUCGACAGGGUCACAAGAUUAUGAAUACAACAAACAAAAGUACCCUUGGACUUCAGAAAUACCGAAACUUGGAGCUCUAUCUCAAACUAGUGGUGAAACCAAGUACGUGAUAGAUCUUCCCGAUUUGCCUUUUCAACUAUAUGGUGCUUUAGUACUAGCUAAAGCUCCUGCGAACUCCGUAAUCAGGAAAAUUAAUCCGGAUGGAGCAUUAGGUAGAGAAGAUAUUGUAGCCUUCUAUAGCAAAGACGACAUACCUGGUGACAAUGUCUUCACCAUCUUGACACCCUUGACCACUUCUGAAGAACAACUGUUCUGCGACGGUAGAGUUAGGUAUUAUGAUCAACCAAUCGGAAUUUUAGUGGGUAAAAGUCAAGAAGCCCUUGAGAACGCCGUCUCAUUAGUCUUGGUUACUUACGAUUCCCCAAAUGUAGAACCUUUACUGACUUCUCGUCAGGUUGUAAAAGAAGGAAGAACGGAUCGAAUUACACAGUACAAAAAAAAUGACGCUACUAGACGAGGCAAUGAUGUGAAACAUGUCGUCAAAGGAAGUUUUGAUAUCUAUCAGCAGUACCACUUUCACAUGGAAAAUCAAUGUUGUCAAGCCAUACCAGAAGAUAAAGGGCUUUUGGUUUAUGCAUCAACUCAGUGGAUGGAUCUUGUUCAGUGUGCUAUUUCCAGGGUGCUAGGUAUCCCCGAAAGUCAGAUUACUGUUAUGGUUCGUCAUUGUGGAGGAGCAUUUGGUGGUAAAAUAACUCGAGCGAGUUUAAUCGCUUGUGCUACUGCUCUAGCCGCCUACAAAUUGAAAAAACCAGUGAAGAUGUGGCUACCGCUAACCACCAACAUGACUGCCAUUGGCAAACGAUUCCCUCUAUCAACGGAUUACGAAGUGGGUCUUGAUGACAACGGCGUUUUCCAAUAUGCCAAUGUUACUCACUAUACAGACGUAGGUAGCCAAUUUGACGAAGAUAUCAGCCCAUGGUUCGAACAAAUUUUCCAAACUAUUUAUACCUCCGAUACGUUCACCACUAGUUAUAAUCGCGUGGUAACAGACACUGCUACCAACACCUGGACGAGAGCUCCCGGCUCAGUAGAAGGUCUGGCGGCUAUAGAAUCAAUAAUGGAACACUGUAGUUAUGCAAGUGGUAUCGACCCGAUUCAAAUCCGCACAGCAAACUUUUCCAACCAAACACCGAUCCUUACAUAUAUGAACGACAUGAAGACUUGGGCUAACAUUGACAAACGAAAAGCAGAUAUAGCGACUUUCAAUAAAGAAAAUCGUUGGAAAAAGAAAGGUCUGGCCGUAAUUCCUAUGAGUUUUGACGUUUUACUUCUUGGACCUCACUUGGCAACGGUUUCUAUUUUUCAUGGUGACGGCUCGGUGCAAAUCUCUCAUGGAGGUAUUGAAGUGGGACAAGGAAUAAAUACCAAAGCUGCGCAAGUUUGUGCAUAUAAAUUUGGGAUUCCGUUAGAAAAAGUGACGGUUCUGCCAAGUCAUAAUUUCAUCUCUCCUAAUAACUUGGCUACAGGUGGAACCAUCGCCACGGAUGGAGUGACAUACGGAAUCGUUCAAGCGUGCGAUACAUUGUUAGAACGGAUGAAGCCUUAUCGAACAGAAGGUGCGAAAUGGGAAGAUAUAGUGAAAACCAGUCACGAAAAUUUUGUUGUUUUGAAAGCUAGUGGACUGUACACACCGAGUCAGCCAGGUUUGGGAAACUAUAGGGUUUAUGGAGUGUGUGCUGCGGAAGUUAUCGUUGAUAUUCUGACCGGUCAACAUAUAGUGACAAGAGUAGACUUAACUGAAGACACCGGAAUUUCCAUGAAUCCAAUUUUAGAUGUCGGGCAAGCAGAAGGGGCUUUAAUAAUGGGGUUGGGGUACCAAACCACUGAAAAAAUCGUUUUCAGUUACGAAGGAAAAGUCCUCACUAAUAACACUUGGACUUAUUAUCCUCCAGGUGCCAAAGAUAUACCUGUGGAAUUUAACGUCAAGUUUCCCAAAGAUAACCCAAAUCCAGUAGGAGUUCUCAAGUCAAAAGGUACUGGAGAACCUGCUAUUACUUUAGCUAUUGCUAUACCUUUGGCAAUAAGGAACGCCCUAGCUUCCGCACGAAAAGAUGCAGAUCAAUCUAAUCCCCCAUGGUACCGUAUUAAUGGUACCACUGAUGUAGAAAAUGUGCUGCUCCAUACUUUAAGUGAUCCUUCUCAAUAUGUUUUAUAAUAUAAUUAUUGUAAAUUAAUGUUUAUCGAACUUUGGGUUCUUUUCAUGCACCGAUAUGUAUACAUGCAUAGAUAACUAAUUGAAACAAUUAAUCAUGUUAUUAUU